CGCGACCGUGCGUGAUGACGUACACUGUACGCAGCGCUCUGGCUCUCGGAAGAGAGGAGGCAAGUUAGCUUUCAGAAAACCGGACUAAAAUGAUGCAGAAAACGAGUGUUUAGAUUCUGUGUAAACAUGGAGACUGAUGCGAACUCCUUCCACGUGGAGUUCCCGGAUUUUUCCUGCUCGCUCCUGAAGAAGCUGAACCAGCAGCGACAGAGAGGGCAGCUGUGCGACCUCAUCGUGUCCAUCGGCGGACAUCAGUUUCGCGCCCACCGUGCAGUUCUGGCCGCCAGCUCUCCGUACUUCUGCGAUCAGGUGCUGCUGAAGAACAGCGCCCGCGUGGUGCUGCCGGACGUCAUGCAUCCGUGCGUUUUCGAGCAGCUCCUGUUGUCGUGCUACACGGGAGGGCUUUCGGUGCCAUCCGGAGAGGUGGUUGCUUUCUUAACAGCCGCGAGCUUCCUGCAAAUGUGGCACGUGGUAGACAAAUGCACUGAGCUUCUGGAAGUAGGGAAGAAAAACCGGAUCGACCAUGGAGCAUCUCCAAAAGGUGAUGGUUAUGCCACUGAUAAUGAGGAUGCUGGUCAGACUGCAGAUCUAGCCAAUCAAGGGCCAGGCACAUUAGAAAGCGCUGGUUGUUCAUCUCCAGAUGAUCCGAGCAGCGAAAAUGGCUCAGAUGCAAUAGAAAGCCAGUGCUCUAGACCGGCCUAUGUGCCGCCGAGCAUAAUGGGACACAGAAAGAAGGUACAUGUAAAAGUAGAAAGGCAGAAUCGAGAUGCUUGCGAUGGCGUGUUUGGCGCCGAGCAUGCCGUAAACGAUCCAGACCAAAACUCUCACAAUCCCAUCACAGCAGAGGAUUGUUUUGAUGAGAAACUGGUGGAGUGCUUGGAUCGAGAUUGCACCUACGAAGAGCCCUUGGACUUCUACGGGACCUCCAUGGAGGGCUUUUCGCAAGCCUCGGACGAGCUUUCCAACCCAAUGCUCGAAGGAGGUGCAGAUGUUUCUAAAGAUGAGACGACAGAUGACAGCGGCCUAAAGGAGCAGACUUCUCACUCAGGCUUCGCUUCGGUGGUUUACAAGCUCUAUCCGUGCCAGUGUGGCAAAAGUUUCACACACAAAAGCCAGAGGGAUCGGCACAUGAGCAUGCAUCUGGGUCUGAGGCCAUUUGGAUGUGCCGUUUGUGGCAAAAGCUUCAAGAUGAAGCAUCACCUGGUGGGCCACAUGAAGAUCCACACGGGCAUCAAACCCUACGAGUGCAGCCUGUGCUCCAAACGCUUCAUGUGGAGAGACAGCUUCAACCGACAUACCUCCACGUGUGCACGGGCCCAUCAGAGCCGACGGGCCUCCCAGAGCUGCUAGUGUUCAUGCGUUUGAGAAACCUCAGCCUAGAAGCAUCCUUCACCUGAAUGCCAAACUAGCUAGUGUAAGAUUAUUCUCAACAAGCACCUCAAUUUUCAACAGAAGCCUUCUGUCCGGUUUGUUCAGGUGUGACCUACUGGUCAAAAGUUUGGAAUAAUUACAUUUUUGUAAUGUUUUUAUAAGAAGUUUCUUCUGCUCACCAAAGCUGCAUUUAUUUAUUAAAAAAUACAGUAAAAUCAGAAAUAUUGUGAAAUAUUAUUACGAUUUAAAAUGACUGUUUUUUAUUUUAGUGUAUAUUAAAAAAUAAUAUUUUCCUGUGAUGCGCAGCUGUAUUUUCAGCAUCAUUACUCCAGUCUUCAGUGUCACGUGAUCUUCAGAAAUCAUAAUAAUAUACUGAUUUGCUGUUUAUUAUCCAUGUUGAAAACAGUACUGCUUUAUAUUUUUGUAGGAACUGUGAUACACUACCAUUAAGAAACAAAAAUGUAUUAAUACUUUUAUUCAACAAAGAUGCAUUAAAUUGAUCAAAAGUGUCAGUAGAUGUUUAUAAUGUUACACAAGUUUUCUAUUUCAUAUAAAUGCUUUGAACUUCAUGCAUUAAAGGAUCCUGAAAAAUGCAAUAUGGUUUCCAUAAAAAAUAUCAAGAAGCAAAAACUUUCAGCAUUGAUAAUAAUAAGAAACAAUACUUGUAAAUGAGCAUCAAUAAUAACUGAUAAUAACUAAGCAGUAAAUCAGCAUAUUAGGAUGAUUUCUGAAGGAUCAUGUGACACUGAAGACUGGAGUAAUGAUGCUGAAAAUACAGAAAAAAUGACAUUUUAAAAUAUAUUCAAAUGAAAAAAAGUUGUUUUAAAUUGUAAUAAUUUCAUCAUUUGUUUUUACUGUAUAAUUGAUCAAAUAAAUGCAGCCGUGGUGAACAGUAGAGACGUCUUUAAAACAUGUAAAAAAUAAUAAUAUUAUUAACUUUUGACCAGAAGUCUCUCCACAUGCAAUGACGUAAAGUCAACAUGAAGUCAAACAUGUCUCUUCUUAAUAGAUGUUAUCUCUAGUAAAAUGCCAUUUCAUGUUGACUUCAGUGUCCUUAAUGUCUCAGAAUGAUUAGAAUAUCUGAAGGAACAAAUAUGACCACAUUCUACACAAGAGCCUCCGAUGCUGUCAAAAAAUAUUCAGGUUUAACGACUCACUAAGCGCUUUGGAGUUAAAACAAGGUUUAUCUUAUGUAAAUAGAAAUAUUCUCCAAUGCAGCAUUAUGCUGGAUUUGAUUUGCUUUGCUUUGGUUGAGCUGGAUUCAGUGUUUGGCAUCGACUCUAUUUCACAUCUCUGUUGCUAGAGCAUUUCCAAUAGGAUUUGACAGAGAACGGUUCCUGUUUCAGCUGCUAAUCUAUUCAAAUCCAUAUCAUGCUCUAAAAGUCAACAGAUUUAUAAGGAGGAUUUUGAAAGGAAAGAGUUAAUAAAUGACAUUGACAUUUUCAUCUC